UUAUAAAUCCUCUCAAAAUGGGCUGUGGAGCAAGUACAACAAAAAGUCAUGCAACCAAGAAACCUAAAAGCCAAAAUAUCAAAGAAGUCACCACCAGAGGUCCUCCAAAGGCCAAUGCAAUGCAGAGAGAUAGUCUUCAGGACUCUGUAGUGCUUAGUGCAGAAGAGAUGGAGCCCAACCAAAAGUCUUAUCCCUCAUAUGGGCCACUUGUGAUGCAUGACCCUAAGGAUUACCCUAAUAGACAUGUUAUUAAUUCUGAUCCAAAUUUAGAAGUUGAUGCAACUGGAAGAUCUAAAAAUGAUCCGGAAGUUCUGGCCAAGAGACAAAAUGAAGAGAAUUUCGAUUACAGAUGUGUACAAGCUCCAAGAUAAGUAAAACCUUCUUUUCUAUAAAUUCUGACCAGGUUUAA